GUAUGGGGAGUGGUGUGGAUAUCUGGGAGACAGGAGGAAUUUUUCAGGGAGGUGCCACCUCUCCUCUCUCUCUUCUUCCUCUCUGCCAAGUCUUGACUCCCCCCAAGACUGCUAGCUCUUCCUCAUCUCCCCCAGUACUUCUCAGCCCCCAUCUUUUGGAAUCUUUCUAUCUCUAGGUCUCAAAAUUUUUCUGGCUCCUGACACUUUUGAGUUUGGGGAUGUAGGAUGGGGUCCUUUUUAAGGGCUGUCCGUGUGCACACACGUGUGGUCACCAUGGUGACCAACCCAUCCCCGUUUGCCCAGGACUUUCUCAGUUUUAGCACUGAGUCUCUUGUCCCAGCCCCCUCAGUCUCUGGCAAACUUACCUGAGAGGUCACCCUAACCAUCACCCCGGUUCUGCUUUAGUGACUGUUCACACCACCCAGGCAGAGGCCAAGAGAGACAGCAAAGGAAAUCCAGUUCUCAGGGUCACAUCAGGGCCACCAAAACGGGUUGGGAUGGAGCUCCGGACCUGGGGGACGGAGAGUAUGCCUAGAGUGUCUAGUCUAGGGCAGAGGAAGACAGGGCAUUGAGAGAAACGGAGGUGGGGAGCAGUUUGGAAGAGGGGGCAAAGACACCCCAGUUCCUGUCAGAAGGGACCUCUGGUUGACCCUGGAGCUCUGAGCCGGAAGCUUCUAUCCCCAAACACCAACUUCAUGGGCUUCUUCCUGUCCUUGCGCACCGGGGCAGAGGCUCCCCAACUUCUGUUACACACUCCCCUUCUCACACACCCUCUGUGGUCAGAAAGCCCUUCCUCAACUCUGUCUUCAGUUCUUGCUGCGGUUUCAGCCCAUUUCUUUUCGCCGUAUCCUCUGCCUGAUAACUGCUGGGUCAACUCUGCUCUGGCUUUUCCCACAGCAGGAAAGGUAGGGGCACUACAGAGGAUAAGGGACCUCAAUGACCACCAUUACACUGUGCAUCUUUCCUGAGAAGAGGCAGAGUUGGAAGGGAAGCAGAAAGGCUCAUGGUCAGAUGGAAGAUAAGACUUUUUGGUUCUUAGCUUCGCAGGAGAGUUCAAGAAGACGAGACUGUCCUCCUUCCAGGGAGCCGGAAGAGUGACCCUUCUGGGGGCUGUUUCCCUUUCCAGCCUCCUGGUUUCCCCUCUUGGCAGGGCAGGCAUAAGGCAUCGCUACCCUCACUCCCUCAUGCCUGCUCCCCUGUGCUCACCUCUGCUCUCUCUGUGUGUCUAAGGUGGGACAGAACAGUCAGCUGUGGGAAGGUAGGAAAGAGGUGGUGCUGACUUCCUUGCCCAGUGCCCAGAUCCUGGGUCCAAAUUCAUGUGGCAGGGUAGCCCCAUGGGCAAACACAAGGCAAGUGGUUCGGGAAAGGGAAGAAAUUGUCAUUCUGUGUGAUACUAGGGAGACCAUUUGGACUUUGGCUUCUCCCAAAGAGAAUGGAGAUUGACCUAGAAUGGAACUAGUUCUUUUAAGCGAGGAGAGGGAUGGGGUGCUGGAAGAGGGUGCUCUCCCCCAAAUCCCGGUCAUGGCUUGAAUCCAAGCCAAACACACAAUGCCGUCCUCUUUGACGUCACCUGACCCAAACCCAGAACCUAGCCACAGCGUCAACCUAUACUUCCUAUUAAUCGAAAAAUCGACAUCGCUCACAGAAAAUAUAAAGGUCCUUGCAAUGGCCACGAACACUACAUCUCCUGAAGCACCCUCGUCACCAGGUGUCACGUUCAUCUCUCUGCUGGUUAUCAUCGUACUGUCAGUAGCACUGACUGUGGGGCUGCCCGGCAACAGCUUUGUGGUAUGGAGCAUCCUGGUAGAGAUGCGGAAGCGCUCUGUCACUGCCCUGCUGGUGCUACACUUGGCCCUGGCCGACUUGGCCGUAUUGCUCACUGCCCCCUUUUUCCUCUACUACACGGCCCAAGGCACCUGGACUUUUGGACUGGCUGGCUGCCGCCUGUUCCACUAUGUCUGCGGAGUCAGCAUGUAUGCCAGCGUCCUGCUUAUCACGGCCAUGAGCCUGGACCGCUCGCUGGUGGUGGCCCUCCCCUCUGUGUCCCAGACUCGCACCAAGACAGUUGCCUGGUGGGCGCUAGCAGGCAUCUGGGUGGUGUCUGUCCUGCUGGCCACACCCGUCAUCUUGUACCGCAAAGUGACGUUGGGUCCGGACAACAGGAGCCUGGUCUGCUUCCCGAAGUACCCCAGCGAAGCACUUGGGGCUUUCCAUCUGCUCUUCGAGGUGGUCACCGGCUUCCUGCUGCCCUUCCUGGCCGUGGUGGCCAGCUACUCCGACAUCCGGCGCCGGCUGCGGGUCCGGCGCUUCCGCCGCAGCCGUUGCACCGGCCGCCUGCUGGCCUUUAUCAUCCUGGUCUUCGCUGCCUUCUGGCUGCCCUACCACGUGGUGAACCUGGCCAAGGGGGUCCGAGCGCUGGCGGGCAAGACAUUGGGGUCCCGGCCUGAGAGUCAGCGGCUGCACCUGACCCAAGCGCUCAGAACGCUGGCCUUCCUGAGCAGCAGCGUGAACCCCGUGCUGUACGCAUGCGCUGCCGGCGGCCUGCAGCGCUCGGCCACGGCCUUCGUCGCCAAGCUGUUGGAGGGCACCGGCUCCGAGGCGUCCAGCAGCCGCCGCGGGGGCACCCUGGCCCAGACGGUGAGGGGUGCCCCCGCCUCUCCCGAACCUGGCCCCGCCGAGAGCCUCACUGCCUCCACCAACCCUCUCGAGCGAAGCGAAGUCAGCUAGGCCUGCGGGGUGGUGGCAGCGGAAGGCUGCUCGCUUUCCUCCUGGGGGAAUACGCCCACGCUGGCCUGACCCAAUUCUUCAACCUCCUCUUACCCAGGUGGCGGGUGGAGCGGAAGAGAGGGAGGGGAAGGGCAAGUCAGGGCAGAGUGGGAGCCUGGCCCCCACGGGCAGCUUUGCAAUGAAAACUGAAGUCUGAAAUUGGGUCAGCCCUGUGUGUGGGGCAUGUGUAUUAUGGCGGACUGGGGUGCUCCUGGUUGCCCUUAUGGGUGUCCUCCUCAAUAGCUGAGAGGCACAUCCUUUAGUUUCCCAUGAUUUUCAGCUUUGGAAGAGACACAGACAUAGAAAUCAGACCUUCUUCCCUCCCUGCCUCUGAGGCAGGUGGUCUGCGGAUCACCUGAGAACAACACAGGGCUGCAGACCCCUGAAGGAGCUGGCCAAGGAAGACCACCCACGUGGGCUCACCACUCCAGACUCCCCGACUCAGCGGACCUUCACUCCCUGACUUAGCGAACCUUCUGAGAACACUUAGCACUGCUGUGAGGUGUCUGCCCUGAAGGCUGUGAUGGGUAUCUUUAUUAGCAGGACUCCAACUUCCUACCAGUAAUCUUUGUCCUCUCAGUGGGAGGUGUCCUAGGGGAUUGCUUUCCUUCCCUGUGUCUCCCAAGGAGGCCUCACUUGAGAACCAAGUCAUCAGAUCUUAUCCCCUAGAAUUCUGCACACCAGCAUUCUGCCAACCCCUAAAACGCUCUGGUGCAGGCUGGAGCUGAGGGCCCUCUGUGAUGUGGUCACCCUUAGGAAAUGAAGAUUUGCAGAAGUGAGAAGGUUGAGUCAUUCUUUCCUAGGGAUGACUGUUGCCUUGGAGAGUCUGGGACUGGCUCUGUUCCGACAGCGUUUUAAGAAGAUGGUAGGGGCUUCCCUGGUGGCUCAGUGGUUAAGAAUCCGCCUGCCAAUGCAGGGAAUACGGGUUCGAGCCCUGGUCCAGGAAGAUCCCACAUGCUGCAGAGCAACUAAGCCCGUGUGCCACAACUACUGAGCCUGCGCUCUACAGCCCGCGAGCCACAACUACUGAGCCCGUGUGCCACAACUACUGAAGCCCGUGUGCCUAGAGCCCGUGCUCCACAAGAGAAGCCACCGCAAUGAGAAGCCCGCGCACUGCAACAAAGAGUAGCCCCCGCUCGCCACAACUAGAGAAAGCCCGCGCGCAGCACGGAAGACCCAAUGCAGCCAAAAAUUAAAAAUAAAUAAAAUAAAAAUAUACGAUAUUCAUUAAAAAAAAAAUAGAAGAUGGUAGCGGCAGUGUACUUUUUGAAUAUCUCCUAUAAAAAAAGAAAGACAACUAGGAGAAAAGCCCCAAAUCCACGUGCAACAUCUGCAACAAACUAAGGAUGUCAAGAUAUCUCCCAUGGACCCCAAAGUAUGAGCAAGUGGGAAUGAGCCCUGGAUGCUUCAAGACCCACGUAAUAUCGACAACUGUGCAGAAGGAUGCAAAAGGAAGCAGGGGGGAAUCUGAGGGACCUGAGAACAGGAGACCCUCAAACUGUCUACAGGUCCUUGCUAGAAAGCAUGGUGGGUCCGUUUGAGAACAGCAGCCAAAACAGCGAGGGACCUAAUAGAUUAUUUCCCAGGCCUCCCGCCCAUGCUACAUAGUAAGCACAUAACAGGUGCUUAUUUAGUGUUUGUUGAAUGAAUAAAGAUCAAAUGACAUUUUA